AUGGCGGGGCUUAGUGGUAAGGUGGAGAGGGAAGUAGAAAUCGAAGCACCUGCUGAAAAAUUCUACAAGGUAUGGAAAUUUGAAUGCUUUCAUCUCCCCACCGCCUCCCUUUCAAACAUUCAGGGUGUUCUGAUUCGUGAAGGUGACUGGGAGACCAACGGCUCCAUCAGAAUCUGGAACGACACAGUCGAAGGGAAAUCUGGGAUUUUCAAGGAGAAAGUUGAGGCAGAUGACGAGCAUAUGACACUCACUCUUAAUGGCAUUGAAAGAGAUAUCUACAACGACUUCAGGUUCUGGGAACUCGUCUUCAAAGUUGCACCGAAGUAG